AUAUUGCAUUUAUUUUCCAGUUGUAAUUGUAGUCCAUCGGGUCAUGAUUAAACUACAAAUCCCCGCUAGCAUCAGUAAAUAGCUGUUUUUCCCCCCUCCACAAAUCAAUGCCGUUAUUUUAUACCCAAAUGAUCUGUCUCCGCCGAGGACUGAAUUCCCAUAACUCUCCCGGACACCGGAGGCGGUGGUUCAGCUCUUUCACAAGUCUCCUCGAGGUGUCUCGGGACGGAUUCCUCACCCCGGUAAAGAAUGGGCGUGAACGGCUCCUCCUGGCUCGCUACCGGCAGCUUGUCACACGGCUACAUAUGGCUGGAGUUGGACUCGCUGUCUGAAGACGUGCUACACACUUCGCUUCUCUCCGCCGUGCUGCGAGUCCCCGGUAGAGUUAUUACUCUAUACGGAGGCGAAAAGAGGAACCGGGCCGAGCGCAAGACGGGCCAAAAGUUGACCAUGUGACUCGGUGUUACUUCCCGCCGACGGACCUGUUUCUCCCGGUUAAUUUAACGCUCCUGUCGUACGUUACUUUGUGUUGACAUGUUUUGUCGCUGCUACAGGGACAGCUGUUGUUGACGUUAGACUACUACCGUUACGUCGGUAAGUUAGCGCCUCGCUCUGACGCUGAACUUUCCGUGUGAAAUGUUUUAAGGAUAACGUUAUUUACCGACGUCCACCGACCUAAACACGUGAACGAGAAGUGAAAGUUAAACAUGUUUGUUUCGCUUUUUAAGUUGAACUUCUGUUUUUAAAUUCCAACUACACAACAGUAAGACUUUUUAAUACCAGUUACCCGGUCAGUGAGUGACAGUUACCUCUCCGGUGCCAAAACGGACUCAAGGACGCAAUAACAUUGGGCUGCACCGGGAAAGUUAACAGGGACACGAAGAAGGACCGAACAGUGACCGACACACACACUGGUUCUCUCGGAUCAACACACAGAGAGACAGCCGGGAUUGAUUUGAAGACAUGAUUGGAUCUCCUGAUGUGCUGGCCUUCACCAGUGAAGAGGAUGUGGGGGGUUACCCAGACGACCAGGACCUGCCAGAGGAGUUCUCCCUUCCUCUCCUUCCCCCCUCUCACCCCUGGACCUCCGCUGCCCGUUUCAACAGGGACUUCAUACUGAUGGCAGAGUUCUCAGAACAGGUGGGUCCCCUACCGGUCCGGACCAUCCCUGAUGACCCCGGAGUGAUCGGUUCCUUCGACCUGAACCAUUUCUCUCUACGCAUCAUGUCUGUCGACUACCAAGCCACUGCCCCUGGCUCUCAGCCACACCACACAGCUAGUCCUUCCCUCCGGACCCUCCCCCGCCUGGCCUUCUCAGAG